CAGGAGGAGAGGAGACCGUCCCAGCCCUCAGAGCUCCGAAACAUCCUCCAAAUGUCCUCACAAGGAAAGGAGUUCGUGCGUCUUUGAGCGGCUUUUUUUCUUCCUCCCCUGCACGUGGACAUGGUGCACCCGCGCGCAAAGACGCACUGAAGUCGGACUAAAAAAAGAAGUAGCUUUGACACUUUUUUUUUUUUUUUUUGUCAAGCAGCAGAAGAUGUUGGCGAGAAAAAGCAUCAUCCCGGAGGAGUUCGGUCUGCCGGGCCUCGCCUCGCGGAUGCCCCGCAAGCCGGUGUUCAGGGACCGCGUGAACAAAGCGCGCUUCAUCGCCAAAAACGGCUCGUGCAACCUGGCGCACAAGAACAUCCGCGAGCAGGGCCGAUUCCUGCAGGACGUGUUCACGACGCUGGUGGACCUGAAGUGGCGCUUCACGCUGGUCAUCUUCACCACCACGUUCGUCAGCAGUUGGCUGCUGUUCGCCAUGACCUGGUGGCUGGUGGCGUUUGCGCACGGGGACCUGGACUCCAGAUACCCGGACUCCGGAGACCUGGACUCCGGAAACCUGACCCGCGGAGACCUGCAGAACAAGACCUACUGCGUCACCGACGUCAAGUCGUUCACCUCGGCCUUCCUGUUCUCCAUCGAGGUUCAGGUGACCAUCGGCUUCGGAGGACGAAUGAUAACGGAGCACUGUCUGACCGCCAUCACCGUCCUCAUCAUGCAGAACAUCAUCGGACUCAUCAUCAACGCCGUCAUGCUGGGUUGUAUAUUUAUGAAGACGGCUCAGUCGAACCGGCGAGCGGAGACGCUGAUCUUCAGCCGUCACGCCGUGAUCGCCGUCAGAAACAACUGUCUGUGCUUCAUGAUUCGUAUCGGAGAUCUCAGGAAGAGCAUGAUCAUCGGAGCCACCGUCAGGUUACAGGUGGUGAGGAAGACGACCACGCCAGAGGGGGAGGUGAUCCCCAUCCAUCAGAUCGACGUCCCGACGGAGACGGCCGUGGCCAGCAACAGCCUGUUCCUCCUCGCCCCGCUCAUCAUCUGCCACGUCAUCGACAAAAACAGCCCGCUGUACGACCUGUCGGCCAUGGAGCUGCAGUGCAGCGACCUGGAGGUGAUCGUGAUCCUGGAGGGCGUCGUGGAGACGACCGGGAUCACCACGCAGGCCCGGACCUCCUACGUCUCCGAGGAGAUCCAGUGGGGUCACCGCUUCGUUCCCAUCGUGACGGAGGAGGAGGGCGUGUACUCUGUGGACUACUCCAAGUUUGGUAACACAGUCAAGGUGACGACGCCGCCCUGCAGCGCCAGAGAGCUGGACGAGAAGCCGUCCAUCUUGAUCCAGACGCUCCAGAAGAGUGAGCUGUCGCACCAGAACUCGCUGCGGAAGCGAAACUCCAUGCGGCGCAACAACUCCAUGCGUAAAAGCGCGCGCAGCGGCGCGGCCGUCGUGCGCAGGAACAACUCGGGGCUCGCCGCGCCCAAGGUCCAGUUCUUCACCCCGACCGACGGAGUCCAGAACAUGAACACCGUCACCUGACAUGAGGCCUGCCCCCUGCUGGCGGCCCUGCUCCUCCUGGUGGCCAGGAGGAUUGUGGGUGUUGCGGUUUCUCCGGCUCUGAUGGGACUCGUUCUUUUUCUGCCUCAUUUAGACUCCCGACACUUUUGUGUGCGCGGAGUAAUCUAGUUCUUGUUUUUUAGAAUUAACUGAUCGUUUGUUUCUCCGCACUGAUAGAGCCACGAAAAACCCAAUCAGUUGUUUAAUUGUUACAUUUUUUUCUAUCAUUAAAGCAAUAAAUACAAACACUUUGGGCCUUUAAGUCACAGUUUAACUACUAUUAGUGGCAACUAGUGGCAAUCAAUCACUGUACUGUACGUGUGUGUUUCACUUCAUGUCGUCUUCUGUGUCCUUUGAGAAUAAAUGCACUCACUUCAUCUGAA